CUUUUAAACUCUGAGGCGUGGAAGAAACUUCUACAGCGGCCACGAACCGAGCCUGCGGUCUCCCCAUCUUCUCACUGACAUUUACCAUCUGAAGUGGAGGUUUGGUGCAUCAGAAGUAAUCACAGACAGUUUGAGUUCCUAAUCUGCGUCGAAAAGCGUGGGAAAAGCAUAUCGCUGCCAUCUUGGGUGAGGAAGAGAGCGGUUAGCAUCCAGGCAGAGGGACGUUGCUGGAACAGAAAUCUAAUCUGAAACAAACAUGGACCUCGAUCUCUUGUGUGCCAAGAAACACUGUGGACCAAAUAGAAGAGCUGCUCUGCAUGCUCUGAGAAGGAAGCGGUGGUAUGAGAAACAUCAGCGGUAUGUUGACCAUGCUGUUCAGGCCACAAGAGCCGCUUCCAAAAACAAGGAAAUGACUGAAGUGAACAACAUGAUAAAGGGCAUCAAACUGGAAGAUGAUAUGUCCGAGGUGUCGGGCAAUCUCUACAAGUCCGAAAACCAGGAGGUGGAGCAGGUCGAAUUUGUUGAGGAUGAGCUGCUGGCAGAGCUGGAGAGACUUAAAAAAACUCUGGAUGAGAGUCUCUUGGAGGCCAGCAGAAAAGAGGACAAAGUCUAUCCUUCUCCAGUGUUGUCCUCGGCUUCACCUUCUCAUCCUGGCACUAUGGAAGAAGAUGAGUCAGAAAGCGAGGUUGAGGAUGGGGUUCAAGACGGGGCUGAAGACAAGGAUGACGAAGACGAUGACGACGAAGAGGACUUGGAGUACCUUCGCCGUUGGGCGAGUGAAUCCUUGUAAUCCCAACAUCAGGCUCAAGUCACCGGCUGUUAAAACUAGGAGGAAAGCACAGGACAGAAUAAACAAGCAUCUGUUCAUGCUGUUCUUCAUGA